UCAGUUGUCUGUCAAAGUCGUUAAUUUUGCUUUUUGUUGAUUUUAAAAAAGUGCGAAGUACUGGUAGCUGAUGUUUGCUUUAAAAAAUAAUUUCUGUAUCUGGAACUAUAGAAUAACUUCUUAGAAGUAUCAACAUGGACAAACUUAUGGAAAUUAUGAAACCAAUCGCCAACGAUCUACCGAAAAAUAACAUUACCGCUGAACAGUGGCAAGAAUGCUCAGUUUUACUCAAACAACGUACUCAGUUCUACAGGGAAGAGAAUGCCCGAUUAGAAUUGGUUUUCAAAAAGCUCAAGAUUUUGAAUAAUGAGUUGAAAUUAUUGGUUGAUAUAUCGGAUUCUGUAUCCAAAAUAAGUGAUAUUAUGCAAAACACGAACAUUAAAUCUGUGAGUACAAAUUCUGUGGCACUAUCUCACACAGAAAGGCUAAGGAAGCACAGUAACUACGUAUCUAAGCUGAAGAUCUGUAUCAAAAUGUAUAUGAACCUCAACGAAAGACUGUCUAAAGAAAUAAAAUUCACCAAAUGGGAACUUGAUCAGUCCAAACACAAAUUAUUGGGAAUUUUGAAUAUGAGUAGUGAAGAAGUUCAACAGUUGGAAGAAAAGGCGAAGAAGUAUGAAAAUGAACUCACAAAGUUUGAAAAAAAGUACCCGUGGCUAAAAGAUCCAGAUUUCAAUUUGCCCAACAUAGCUAAAGAAAUGGAAAUGUUGAGGAAUCUAAAAGAAACUAAAGAGAAACUUGUGAAGGAGCUCAGUGUGUACCAAGAUCUGAAGCCGGACAUCAAAGAAGCAGCUCAACAACUUGCCGAUCUCAAAGAAGAGAACAAAAAUUUCAGUUUGAAGUUUCUAGAUGCUAAGUGUUGAUCGAUGAAGUGAUAUACUUUUGUCAGAGUACUAUUUUAAAAUUUUGAUAUCAUUCCUUAGUUGAAUAGAUUUACUUUUGAAUUUGGA